AUGGUUUCACAAUUCAGAAAACAGAAACUUUUGCACCUUUUCAAUAUUUUCUUCGACACUGAUUCAAGUGGAAGUGUUGAGAGGAAAGAUUUUGAGCUAGCAGCUGAAAAUAUUGGCAAGCUGCGAGGUUGGAAAUCUAGUGACGUUAAAUAUAAAGAGACUUUAGACUCUUUGUUGAAGAUUUGGGAUGGUAUACAAAGUGCAGCAGAUGCAGACAAAGAUGGAAAGGUAACCGCAGAAGAAUGGCUGUCCAUGUGGGAGGCAUAUGCUAAUAAUCCUACUCUAGCUUCUGAUUGGCAAAAGCAAUAUUGCAAGUUCAUGUUUGAGUUAGAGGAUGCUGGCGGAGAUGGUACAAUCGAUAGCGAGGAAUUUUCAUCAGUUUACGAGUCAUUUGGCCUUUUAAAGGAAGAUGCGGUUUCAGCCUUCAAAGUGAUGUCAGGAGGAAAGUCUACAGUUAGUUGGACAGAGUUUCAAGAUUUGUGGAAUCAGUAUUUCAUGUCCGAUGAUCCAAAAGAUCCGGGAAAUUUCAUAUUCGGAGCAGCUACAUAUUAA